AUGCCUUGGUCUUCCAUUGGAGUCGCGAACUACAGUGUGCGGUAUCUUAAGGAGCUUUUGCUUCAUGUGUCGGUGGUUCCUUCUGUCAAUCAGAUCAAGUGUCACCCGUCUCUUCCUCAGCAGGAUGUUGUUGAUUUUUGUCACCAGAUGGGGAUUCACAUCAUUGCCUAUAGUGCUUUCGGAAGUACAGGAGGUCCACACUUUGCUGCACCUCCCAUCGUCGCUUUGGCUGAGAAGAAGCACUCCACCCCUGCCAAAGUUCUUCUGAGUUGGCACUCCACUCGUGGAUCCUCCGUCCUCGUGAGAUCCAAUAACCUUUCUCGCAUCAAGGACAAUUGUGAACUGAUCAAUCUUGACGAAGACGACUGUGCUCUCAUUAGGGUUUAUUCAAAUGAUCUCUGCAAGAAAGGAUUGUUUCGCCGAUACGUGUACCCCCCUUUUGGCAUUGACCUUGGGUUUCCAGAUGCUGCAAUGUAA